AUGGCAUCCGCUGUACAUACAAUUCAGUCGCAUCCUAGGCCCCAACGGCAAUUCACUCCAGCAAAACGACCCCAUGAGGUUGCGAACAUUGCUUUCGAUGAUUCAGAUUUGGCCGGCAUAAUACUUCCCCACAUUGAUCCCUUAGUCAUCGAGUUACGCAUAAACCGAUUCACCGUUAAGUGCGUUCUCAUUGAUCAGGGAAGCACUUUGGAAGUUAUGUAUUAUAAGACAUUCGUCAACCUUGGCUUCACUGAGUUGGAUCUAUCUCCAGCUCAUUAUCCACUAUUCGGCUUCAACGCUAAUCCGGAAUAUUCAUUGGGCAAAAUCACACUACCAGUUCAGGCAAGCUCCCGGCCAGUGGAUGUAGAAUUUUUGGUUGUCAAGCUGCCUUCGUCAUAUAAUCUUAUCAUGGGGAAGAACUUGGCUGCUCACCAUGUAGGCCGUGCCUAG